CUGCUUUCGCUAUCCAGCAAUGACCAUUGAAUCCCAAGGCAACCACGACAAAGCUUCAAUUGCCGAGCUCGUCGCUCAGUACGGCUCGUCCAGCGCAACGGCCUGGCUCGAGUUUGAGCGCUACAAGAUCUGGAGGCCUGAAGUCCCCAUUCCGGAAUCUGAAUUCGUUCCUGUUCAGGGAUACAUGACAAGAGACAAGUACAUUUUCGGCUGGGGCAACCCGUUGGUCUCGUCUCCAGAAGCCCUCCCUGCUACGGCACGGGCUUUCAUCGAGUUUGGAGAAAGCCAAGGUCUCCACGUCGUAUGGGCCUGUGUUGACCGCGACCUGGAAGAAGUUCUCGGCGGCGAGGAGUUUGGUUGGUGCACAGUUUCGUGUAUCUACGAGGACUACAUCGAUCCCGCUCACCUCAUUGAGCUCACCUCGCCCGAUGCCAAGGGUCAAGAAGGCCAGCACGUCGUCAAGGAUUUGAAGAAGAACCUCAAUCGAGCUGAGAAGUACAAUGUUUCUGUGUCGGAGGUUAGAAGUGACCAGUGGACACCGGAGGAUCGCAAGGCGGUAGAAGAUGGAAUUGGCGAGUGGAAGGCUAGCCGUAGCGGCCUGCAACUUGCUUCGACGAGCUUGCAGCCUUGGCUUGACGAGAAGCAUCGUCGUUAUUGGGUCGCUAGGCAAGAUGACUUCAAGAUCGUUGGCCUCCUCAUCCUCACCCCUAUCAAAGGACGUUCAUGGCAAAUCAAGAACGCCGUGUCAUUCCCUCACGCACCCAAGGGAACAUCCGAAGCACUCAUUUACACCGCUCUCAAAGACCUGUACGAAGAGAACCCGUCAAGGCCUACCACCCCUGCGUCAUCUGUCAAUGGCAAAGGACCGAACCCCGCCAAACUCGCCGACGGUAUCAAAUCGUCAUUGGCAGCAGACUCUGACGCCACCUCGGAGGCCUCCAUUAGCUCGACCGCAGUGGAGCCGCCGUCAUCGCGCGAGUCUUCUGAUGUCUUCUCGCCCGCAAGCACGAACAACCUUUCCGAAGUCUCCACACCUCGCACGCACGAGCGGUCAAGCGAGGUGUCGACGUUGCAGGAUGAAGAUCGUGUUGCGGUGACCUUCGGUAUCAGCGCUGCACCCGAGUUGGAACCAGGCCAAAACCUCGGUGGAUGGAAGGUGAAGGCGUUGAGUAAGACGUAUAAGAAGGUGGCUUCGUCGGCCAAGUUGGUUAACAGGGGAGAGUUCAGGAGGAAAUUCGAUUCGGAGCACGAGCCCAUGUAUGUGUGCUACCCUCCUGACGGCUUUGGUCUCGAUGGUGUCAACGCGCUGUUCAAGUUGUUGAAGAAAUGAUCUGUUUGUAUACCAUACACCUGGGUUUGACACUUUAUGCUACUGCUACUUGUUAUUUAGUUCUUGAUUAAUACCCAGAUACCAACUCUCUGGAUUUCGUACUAAUAGAUCUGACGACAUUUGGUACUGAUAAUAGGGGUGUAGCUAGGCACAAGAGGAGCAUGUAUUGUACGGUUUUUGGCAAUGUAACGGCCACACUGACCUGUCCA